AUCAAUAUGUACAAAACGAUGCAACAUGAAGAUACCACGUAACAUUGUUUUUCAAGUUGCGAAAGGAUUUAGAGGACGAAGUAAGGGUUGCAUUAAACUAGCAUCUACACGAGCAGCGAGAGCUUUAUUAUACUCUUUCAAUGCCAGAAGGAAACGACACACAUAUGUACGUAUACACUGGACUGCCACUAUUAAUCGAGCUGCUAGAGAAUGGAAUCUUACAUAUUCUAGAUUCAUUGGCGCCUUGACGAAUCUUAAUUGCUGGCUCAACAGAAAGUCGUUAUUCAUCCUUUCACUAAAUGAGCCAGUUACGUUCAAGGCACUAGUUGACGAGUCUAAAUAUGCUCUAAGUGAACCUAGGUCCAAAGUACGAGAUAUAAGCAACUUGUGACAAGUUUUAAAGACAGCAUCUUCAC